AGUGUUUGAUCGUAAAUCAAUGUUUGAUGUCGCAUAAACUUCCCUGCCCUAUAUAUUACAAAGCACUCCGCAUUGUCUGCGUCCUGCUUCUUUUCGCUGAAGCUGGGGAUUUGAUCAAUCAAUUGGAGUACAAAGCAAAUGGAAGGCCCAACUGAAAUCAGCAGCUCAAAGAUGUUUGGUGGCUACAACAAAAGAUACAGGCACUUCAGCGCCACCCUUGGCUGCUCCAUGACCUUCUACAUUUAUUUUCCCCCUGCCUCCGCUACUCAAAAGGUCCCUGUUCUAUACUGGCUUUCCGGCCUUACUUGCUCAGAUGAGAAUUUCAUUAUGAAAUCCGGAGCCCAACGUGCUUUAUCCAAUGAAGGCGUUGCAUUGGUUGCUCCUGAUACUUCUCCAAGAGGUCUAAAUAUAGAAGGGGAGUCAGAAAGCUGGGAUUUUGGUGUAGGUGCUGGAUUUUACUUGAAUGCUACUCAGGAGAAGUGGAAGAACUGGCGCAUGUAUGACUAUAUUGUUGAUGAACUUCCCAAGGUUUUGAGUGCAAAUUUUCAACAGCUGGAUACAUCAUGUGCAUCCAUAUUUGGGCAUUCUAUGGGGGGUCAUGGUGCUUUGACAAUCUACCUGAAAAAUCCUCAACGGUAUAAGUCAGUAUCGGCCUUUGCACCAAUUGCAAAUCCUGUAAAUUGUGCUUGGGGUCAGAAGGCUUUCUCGAACUACUUGGGCAGUGACAAAGGUCACUGGGAGGAAUAUGAUGCAACUUGUCUGAUUAAGAAGUGCAGUGGCAUUUCAACCCCGAUCUUAAUUGAUCAGGGUGAUGAGGACAAGUUUCUAAAUGAUCAACUGCUGCCUCACAAGUUUGAAGAGGCUUGUAAGAGUGUGAAUACCAAGAUUGUGUUGAGAAUGCAGCCAGGCUAUGACCACUCUUACUUCUUCAUUUCGACCUUCAUUGAUGACCACAUAAAGUUUCAUGCAGGAUUCCUUUUUAAGUAAUAUGGCAGAAGAAUGUUGCUCGGUCUAAAGAACCUCGAUUUCCAUCUGAUUCACCCCUAGUGAUUAAAUACCUUGCUUCACUACUGGAGGCAUAUAUUUGUCAUGUUAGUAUUUGAAGUACACUGAUAUUGAUGGGAUGGAAUGUAGCACUGCCAAAAAUUUCGUGCAGAAAGUCAGCAACACACCCACACUCCUGUAUUUUGGUGGUAAGCAAAUGGUUGACACAAUGCUAAAUCAGAAAAUUAAAUGGUUUGACACUGCUAAAUAAAAAUUUGUAUACCCUUCUUCAACUUGAACUGAUGACAGCAUAAUAAUAUCAUACCAUGGUCUAUUUCA